CAACUAAAGAUGGCGACUGCGUUGACGCUGAAGAUGCAGCUGCAGGGACUGGAAGAGGAAUUUUUCCGCAGAAACAGCAUUGCAGAAGAAAACCGAUUACGAGAACAUUGCGCUGCUGUGAAAAUCCAAAGCUGUUUCAGAGGGUUUAAGAUUCGAGCACAUAUCAGAUACGUGCAGAAAAUUGCAAUCAUCAUUCAGAAAACAUGGAGAGGUUAUCGUAGCAGAAUGGAAUUCAGAAGCAUGGUUCAGAGAGCAUAUUUUAUUAUGAAGAUGAAUUUCUACAAUGAAAUGGCUGUCAGGAUCCAGAAAACGUGGCGUGGAUAUUAUGUUCGAAAGUGCAUCCAUAAUUACUAUGACAUGAAAAAGUAUUUCAAAGGUCUUAGGAUGAAAAAUGAAAUUGUAAGGAAAGAACUGGAGGAGUACGAAGAGACAAAGAAGAAGGAACGGGAAAAGAAAGCGUUAGAAGAGGAAGAGAGAAGAAAGCAUUACCAAGCCCGAAAGAUACAUUACCUCCUCAGCACUGAGCAGCUUCCAGGUAUUUAUAACUCUCCAUAUUUGCUGUGCCCAAAUGAGAUGGAGUGCAGGUUGCAACAGGUCAGGCCAUUGACUCCUAAUUCAUCUCAGAAAAAGGAUAUCACUGAGGGUCUUGUGGAUCCAUCAAUACCUGAAAUUCCAUGCACCUCUCCUUCGUUAGGGCGACUGCCACAUUUAGGCUGGAAGAAACCACAGGGUCCCUUCCGCGAUACUGCUGAAGUAUUGCAACUGCGCUACAAGCCUUUGGAGCCAACCUUGCGGGUGGCAACAUCAAUCAUGUCGGAGAAGGAGGCCAGAGAGGAAAUGAAAAGAGAAGAAUGGAGAAAUCGUAUACAUGAUGAUAUAUUCCUGCCAUUCAGCAAUACAAAUAGAUACAGAACGUACGAGCCACUUCUUCAUACCAGCACCAAGUAUGAACCUAUUGCUUAUGGAACUAAGCACUUUAGAGCAACUGAAGAUAUGCCAAGCAAGAAAAAGCCGUUCAGAACUGUCUUUAAAUCCAUUCAUCUCUUUGAGAAGUUACAAAAAUCAUAUUCCAAAGCUGGACAAGUAUGUUAAGGACGAUGGAGAUUCUGUUACACUUCUUGCUAUAUAAUGUGAUAGGAAAAGCAAUUGUUUAAUUCAUUUUUGAUACAUGAGCACCAUUGGAGUAAUGAAAAAAAUUUAAACUCUCCAGUAUUAAUACUAUCUUACAGAAAAUGUACUAAUCUAUUAAAAAUAUACUAGCAAUGCACCUGUGAUUCAUGUAGUAAUAU